UCGGUUACUUUGAUGACGAUAUGUUUUGUAACAGAAGGGUAGAAUGGAGGAGUUGAUGUCCAAGUAUUUAAUAGAGUCAAGUUGAAGCACUUUCCACACCCAGGACCUAGCGCUUUCGGCGUUAGGGAAAGGAUGCCAGGAAGGAGCAGGCCACGGACCGUACGCAGUACUGCUUCCGUAUGCCAUCUGAGAGAGGGCAGCAGUCGGAUAAUGGGUACUCGAAGGUGUGCAACCGCAAGACGCGACGUAAUUCUCUGGAAGUUCAUAAUGGGUCAUCGUUGCUGUGCCGUCAGAAGUAUAAUUUAUCCAUGCAGCCGUCUCCAGAAGUAUACAGGAGAGCAGUACCAAGAGCCACGAGAAAGAAAAAAACAUAUCAGGUUACUAGAAAGGCAUGAUAUCCAAGUCGUUGGUAGCACUGGGAAGGUCGGGUCGCCGUCGGCACGUGCUCGCGCUCGACGGUCAACCUCAUUGUACAUACCGUUUGCUUUCGGCCAUGAAAUAUGCUUAUCCGGUCUCUCACGUCCCCAGUGAACUGAGUCCUGCUCUUUUAUCACUCAAAAUCGCUCGACAUUCUCCCUGUACUCUCUGUGCAUCAUGCACUGGCCUCCAUCCAGACCCUGACGAUGAAGUCGUCUUUGACGACGAGGCCCAACCUACGUUUUCCAUUGGAGACCUUGGACAGUAUGGAUCAGACGAUGAAGAUACAACUCCUCCAUACCUCGAAUUUUGUGGGUGCGGGCACGGGUUGAAGGAACAUGAUGCCACGGAGGCUGGCCUUGGCGUCGAGGAGUUCUUAAGAAGGAGCAAGGUUGCCAUUCGUCUAGAUGAGCUCUUGAAGGAUGUAGGAAAGCUUCUGGACUUUGAUUAUACCGACGACGAUAUCGCUUCGCUCAGAAAACAAAUGAGACUUCCAGUGUCUGUUCUUGCACCUUCUGGUUAUUCACGGAGCUCGGAUGGUUCUCCUCCUACCAAGAGGCGUCGUCUGUCUCUUUCCUCUCUUAGUGAGGCUGACGAUGAUGACGAUGACGACGACGAGGACAAACCUCUGGCCGCACGAGUGAAUUCGAAAACAGGUUCGAGACCGGAAAAGACAACCCGGAAAACCGGACAGAAAGGCGGGAAAAAGGGGCCAGGCAAAGUUCCCAAAGGAAAAACAAACGGCCUUUCACGAAAGGGUCACAAGAGUAAAGGCGUGAAUGGAAUAAACGGGCAUUCCACACGGGUUAAGGUGGAAGACAAACUCGGCGAUGAGCAGAUAACACGCCUAGCCGCAGGUGUACCGGUGGAUGCUUCCUCUCCCAACGAACCCGUCGUCCGUACAGAAAAGAUGGCCGCCAUUGAACUGCGAAAAGGAGUGAUACAAAUCACACCUGUGGAGAAUGACAAGCAUCCUCGAUCGUAUGUCAUUCUCACCGGGCUCAAGACUCUAUUUCAAAAGCAGCUGCCCAAAAUGCCUCGCGAAUAUAUCGCAAGACUAGUCUACGACAGGAAUUCAAAGGCACUUGCAAUCAUCAAACGGGGUUAUAAAGUUGUUGGUGGCAUUUGUUAUCGUCCGUUUCCUCGUCGAGGGUUCGCCGAAAUUGUCUUCUUCGCAACAGCAUCAGUAGAUCAAGUCAAAGGCUAUGGAGGAACGCUUAUGGAUCACUUCAAAGCUCACAUUCGCAAGACGUAUCCAAACAUGAUGUACUUUCUGACUUACGCGGACAAUUACGCUGUUGGCUACUUCGAAAAACAAGGCUUUUCGAAGGAGAUCACUUUAGAUCGUUCAGUAUGGGCCGGUUACAUCAAAGACUAUGAAGGCGGAACUAUCAUGCAAUGUACAAUGCUUCGCAAGGUGGACUACCUUAACAAAGUCUCUAUCAUCACUCAGCAGCAGGAAGCCGUCAUCUCGAAAAUUCGCGAGAUGUCGAGGUCACAUAUCGUCCACCCGGGUCUGCCGCAAUUCCAGGUGGGGACUGACGAAAUUACCGUUGAUCCUAAAGAUGUUCCAGGCCUCAGAGAGUGUGGGUGGACCCCGGAAAUGUUGAUACAACCGUUACGUGUUACACCUAGAAGUGCAGAUCAUGGUUUCAUGGAGCAACUAUUGCGGGAUCUGCAAGACCACGGAAUGGCCUGGCCUUUCCAAGAACCAGUGAAAAGGGAAGAUGUACCUGAUUACUACGACGUCAUCACAAAUCCAAUGGACUUCAAGACGAUGGAACACAAAUUGGAGACUCAUCAGUACGGAUCUGUGGAUGACUUUGUUGCUGAUGCUAACUUGAUAUGGGAGAACUGUCGGGCGUAUAACCCGCCAGACAGCAUAUACCAGAAGGCCGCCGCCAGGUUGGAAAAGUUGGUCACUUCCCGAAUGGCGGAGAGAAAUAAGCGUGAAGAUUAAAUAGCUCGCAUGCGUCUUCCUUGUUUAACUUAUUUGCUACUCAUUUACAGUAUCUGGCUUGUACUUGCAUAUAUAGCUCACUGUAUUCUAACAUGCAUUUCAUGAAACUUAGUUUGUCAUUUUCUGUGAUGGGUCAAUACAAGGCGGAUUGGUCAACAGAAGUACAUGGGUUUUCGCGGAAAGAAUUGCACCAGAACAGACUAACGCUGUCCAUCUAAAUCCAAGUUAACACAUGGCGGAUAGGAUGCUACAGGAAGUACACUU